AUGGCGAUCCAGAAAAAGCACGGUAAGGGUCGAUUGGAUAAGUGGUAUAAGCUCGCGAAGGAGAAGGGUUAUCGAGCACGUGCUGCGUUCAAGCUGAUCCAGCUGAACAAGAAGUAUGGCUUCCUUGAGAAGAGCAAGGUCCUGCUGGAUCUUUGUGCUGCGCCAGGAUCUUGGUGUCAAGUAGCUGCAGAAUGCAUGCCUGCUCAAAGUAUCAUCGUCGGUGUCGAUCUGGCUCCCAUUAAGCCCAUUCCGCGAGUCAUCACCUUCCAGAGCGAUAUCACCACGGACAAAUGUCGUGCCACGAUCAGACAACACCUGAAGACCUGGAAGGCGGAUACAGUGCUUCACGAUGGUGCUCCUAACGUCGGUACUGCGUGGGUGCAGGAUGCUUUCUCUCAGGCAGAGCUCGUGUUACAGUCGCUGAAGCUUGCCACUGAAUUUUUGGUCGAAGGUGGUACAUUCGUGACAAAGGUGUUCCGAUCGAAGGAUUACAACCCUCUGCUUUGGGUCUUCAAGCAGCUCUUCGUAUCGGUCGAAGCUACGAAGCCUCCCUCGUCGCGAAAUGUCUCUGCGGAAAUCUUCGUCGUAUGCCGUGGUUACAAGGCGCCGAAGCGCCUUGACCCCAAGUUCCUCGAUCCUAGGCACGUUUUUGCUGAACUUGCGGCUCCGACACCGAACAACGAGGCUAAGGUCUUCAAUCCCGAAAAGAAGAAGCGCAAGAGAGAUGGAUAUGAGGAGGGCGACUACACCCAGCACAAGGAGAUAUCAGUGACGGAAUUCAUCAACACUACGGAUCCUAUUGCGAUUCUAGGUACAUACAACAAGCUGAGUUUCCAACAGACUCCGAGUGGCGACCUAGCGCUUGCUACAUUGGAGAGGUUGGAGGAAACCACGGACGAGAUCAAGGCCUGCUGUGAGGAUCUGAAAGUGCUGGGCAAGAAGGAGUUUCGAAACCUCCUGCGAUGGCGUCUGAAGGUUCGCGAGAAGUUUGGUCUUGCUGUGAAGAAGGGCCCCAAGCCUGGGGAAGCCGAAGCGGAGGAAGUGGCCGAGAUCGCGCCCAUGGAUGAGGAACUAGCUAUCCAGGAGGAGCUCCAGCGACUUCGCGACAAUGAAAAUGCGAAGAAGAGGAAAGAAAGGAGGAAGGAGAAUGAGAAAAAGCGCAAGGAAAUCGUCCGUAUGCAGAUGCAUAUGACCACUCCCAUGGAUAUCGGUAUGGAGCAGGUCGGUCCCACCGGCGAGGAGGCCAUGUUCGCACUGAAACACGUCGAGAGAAACAACGCCCAGGACAAGAUUACGAGUGGAAAGAUUGUCCAUCUGAGCGACGAUGAAGAGGACGAGUCCGACUCGGCGGAGGAGCUAUCAGAUGACGACGGAGAUCUUCUGGAAAGGGAACUGGAUUCCUUGUACAAUCGGUAUCAGGAACGUAGGGAGGAUCGGGAUACCAAACUACGAGCAAAGAAGGCCCGGAAGGGCUUUGAGACAGAGGAAUGGGAAGGAUUCUCUAACUCUGGUGAAAGCAACAGUGACGCCUCCGAUGAUGAAGAAGGUUCUGAUUCAGGCGUCGCGCUUACGGAUGAUCGGGUUCCCAAGUCCGCGCAUCUGUCUAACAAAGCCGCAUUAUUCUUCGACCAGGACAUCUUCGAAGGUGUAGAAGACGAGGAUGACAUCGAAUCAUCUGAGGAGGAGGCGGACAGUGCCGUCGAGAUGCAGGAGAAAAAUCAUACCCAGGAGGCCGCGUCAGAUGAUGACAGUGAAGAUGAAGACGAAGUGCCCGCUAAGAAGUCCUCAAAACCUUCGAAGGAUGUGUGGGCAGAGGACUCCAAGGGCUUUGCAUCCGAUGAAGAGCCAGAGGAGCCGGAGGACCCCCGGACAAAGGAUGGUCGACUCGACAUCGAUAUCAUCACUGCUGAGGCUAUGGCAUUGGCCCAGCAGAUGGCUACGGGUGAGAGGAAGACGACGGAUGUUGUGGACGAUGGCUUCAACAAAUACGCCUUCCGCGACGUCGACGGUCUCCCUGAAUGGUUCCUGGAUGACGAGUCGAAACAUAGCCGCCCCAACCGACCUAUCACGAAAGCUGCUGCUGCGGCCAUCAAGGAGAAGCUGAGGGCCAUCAACGCCCGGCCCAUCAAGAAGGUCAUGGAAGCCAAGGGACGUAAGAAGUUCAAGGCAGCGCAGCGACUAGAGAAGCUGCGUAAGAAGUCUGCACUGCUGGCCGACGACGAGGCCCUCAGCGAGAAAGACAAGGCGCAGACGAUCGCAAAGCUGAUGAGCAGAGCAGCCAAGAAGAAGCCCAAGCAGAACGUCAAACUCGUGGUCGCCAAGGGCGCCAACAGGGGUAUCUCUGGCCGUCCCAAGGGUGUCAAGGGCAAGUACAAGAUCGUGGACGCGCGUAUGAAGAAGGACAUCCGGGCACAGAAGAGGCUGGCGCAGAAGAAGCGCAAGUGAAGGAGUCACUGUUCUUUCCUGUAUAUAAAAUUCCUGGUCUGGUUGUUGAGUAUGAUACCAAAAAUGAGUAUACUAGUAGUAUGUAUGUAUGUACAUCGAGUCCAAUGGCAUCUACCAUAUGGUCUUUUCUGGAUGACUGCCUAAUAUACCGUAAGAAUAACCCCGCAGACCCGGAUCUCGCCCUGUGGCUUACCACAGGAACCGAACUGGCUCGAUACAGGGACGAGACGAAGCCAAUUGGGGAGGAUGAGAUAUCCAGAGCCACGGCGGUGGCGCUGCGGGGGAACAAAGUCGAGUGGAGCCGGCGUGGCGGGUUUUCGCGUCGAG